AUGUCCACUAAUUUGGAAGACGAGGACGCUCCUCCGGAGCUGAUUGAUGUGUCUGCCAUGCCGGCAGAGCAGGUCGAAGAACCACCUGCAGCUCGAGUGCCUAUCACGCUAGUCACUGGAUAUCUGGGCGCAGGAAAGACAACCCUGUUGAACUACAUUUUGACAGAGAAACACGGCAAGAAAAUUGCUGUGAUCAUGAAUGCCACCGACAUUGAAAAACCAAUGACUGUGAAUGAAGAUGGCCAAGAAGUGACCGAAUGGAUGGAAGUCGGUAACGGCUGUAUCUGCUGCUCUGUUAAGGACUCGGGCGUGAUGGCCAUUGAAUCUUUGAUGGAACGUCGUGGCACGUUUGACUACAUCCUGCUGGAGACUACCGGACUAGCCGACCCAGGUAACAUUGCCCCAAUAUUCUGGAUGGAUGAAGGGCUCGGAAGCUCCAUUUAUCUCGAUGGAAUUGUCACUCUCGUCGACGCAAAGAACAUCACUCGUUUGCUGGAUGAGCCGGCCCCCGAAGAGAAAGCCGAGUCACACGAUCAGCACCACGAUCACGGCAACGGUCCCGUAUUGUCAAUGGCGCAUAUGCAGAUCUCACAUGCGGAUGUGGUUAUCCUGAACAAGACCGAUCUCGUGACUGAGCAGGAGUUGGAGGCUGUUCGGGACCGUGUCGCAUCUAUUAACAGUGUGGCUAAGAUCCAUGUUACGGAUCACAGCCGCACGCCGCAGAUUGAAGGUGUUGUGCUGGAUUUGCAUGCUUAUGAUCACUUGGCGGAUCUGGAUUUUAGUAAGAAAGGCCACAGCCAUAUGGAUCCGGCAAUUUCUACGACCGCCAUCGUUAUACCUCCAAUCCCAGCAGAUAAAGUCAACUGCGUGGAUGAAUGGCUACGCUCUGUUCUGUGGGAUACCAAAUUUCCUGCUCCCGCAGUGUCAGUCUCAAUUGAGCCACACCCAGAUAAUUUUGAGAUUCACCGGCUGAAGGGUAUUUUGAUCCUCGAUAAUGGAACCAGCAGGAUCAUUCAGGCGGUGCGGGAUGUCUUCGAAAUUCGAGAUGCGGAGCCAAUAGAUACAGAAGACGAGUCCAAACCACUUCAGUGCAAGAUUGUACUGAUUGGACGUGGACUCGGCUCAUCAGUAGAGCCCUGGCGAGAAAGCUUUGAAUCGUGCCUAAAGAAAUGA